AUGAAGGACUGCGAAUCGUCCAUUGCCUCCAUAGCCUCUCAAGUCCGAGACGCGUACCCAAAUGACCCUGUCCCAGAACUUCGUGCCUACGAGUGUAACGCCACGAUCGAAUCGGACGUGAAGACAACAUGGGCCAAGAUCGUGGAAGAUUUUGGCAAAGUCGAUGUCCUUGUCACGGCUGCUGGAAUCGUAGAUAACGUCGAGGCUGAGAAUUACGAAUAUGCUCGGUGGCGGAAGAUGUUGGAUAUCAACAUUGAGCAAGUCAUUCCACGUUACCGUGUCGGCUCAUGGCUUUUCGCCCGUGAGGCUGGCAAGCACAUGCUCCAACACAAGAUCCAGGGUUCUAUCAUACUGAUUGCAUCGAUGUCUGCGACGAUUUGUGUCCGCCCUCAAAAGCAAGCCGCCUACAACACCUCCAAGGGCGCUGUGCAGAUGCUCUCCAAGUCUUUGGCGACGGAAUGGGGUCCAAGAGGCAUCAGAGUCAACAGCCUCAGCCCAGGCUAUAUGAGGACGGAUCUCAUAAAAGGACUGUUGGAGAAUGAAGGCAAAGAGCUCGUGAACAACUGGGAAAAAGACAUUCCCAUGGGAAGAAUGGCAGAGCCACACGAGUUGAGGGGCACGAUUGUCUGGAUGGCCAGUGGAGCGAGCAGCGUAAGUUCCACCUUUUCUCUCUCAUAG